AUGCUGAGUGUCGAAGCAGAAGGCAGCUUUGUGGUGAAGGUCAGGGGCUUGCCUUGGUCGUGCUCGGCCAGUGAUGUCCAACACUUCUCAGGCUGCAGAAUUCGAAAUGGGGUGGCAGGAAUUCACUUCAUCUAUACCAGAGAAGGGAGACCAAGCAGAGAAGCAUUUGUGGAGCUCGAGUCUGAAGAAGAGGUCGAACUGGCUCUGAAAAAACACAGAGAGACCAUGGCGCACAGAUACGUGGAAGUGUUCAGGUCCAACGGUGUGGAGAUGGAUUGGACCCUGAAGCGCACUGCUCCCAAUAGUCCUGACCCUGCAGGCGAUGGCUACGUGCGCCUUAGAGGGCUCCCAUUUAACUGCAACAAGGAAGACAUCGUUCAGUUUUUUUCAGGGUUGGAAAUCAUGCCGAAUGGGAUAAUGCUGCAGGUAGACUUCCGAGGGAGGAACAGCGGGGAAGCCUUCGUGCAGUUUGCUUCACAAGAGAUCGCUGAAAAGGCCUUAAAGAAACACAAGGAGAGAAUGGGCCACAGGUACAUUGAAAUCUUCAAAAGCAGCCAGGCAGAAGUUCACACUCAUUAUGAUCUGCCUCAGAAGAAAAUGGUGAGGCAGCGUCCGGGCCCUUACGACAGACCUCCGACUGGCAGAUACUAUGGCAGCCUCGGGAGAGGAGCGGGGCUUGAGGGAAUGAGGUACGGCGCCCACGAAAUCAUGUACGGAGGCUACGAAGACUACGUUGGAUACAGUAAUGACUAUCACUUUGGGAGAGAUCCCAGGUACUUUUUAGCCGUGUCUGGCGACAGCUACGGAUCCGGCUGGUCUACCUUCCAGAGUCCUGCGGGCCAUUUUGUGCACAUGAGAGGGCUGCCUUACAAAGCUACUGAAAAGGAUAUUUAUGACUUUUUCUCACCACUCAAAGCUUACAUUGAGGUUGGAGCUGAUGGCAGAGUGACUGGAGAAGCGGAUGUGGAGUUUGCUACUCAUGAAGAUGCCGUGGCAGCCAUGUCAAAAGACAAAGCAAAUAUGCAGCACAGGUACAUAGACAAUUCCGUAGCAGCAGCAGACAGUGGUGUUUAUGAUCCCCAAAUGAUGGGGGGCAUGGGCUUGUCAAACCUGCCUGGUUAUGGCAGUCCAUCUGGUCAGGAGCUGAAUGAGGCUUCUGGAGGAGCCUACGAUGGGCAGAUGAGCAUGAGCAAAAGUGAUCAAGUUUUACAGGAAAACUCCAAUAUUUUAACCACAUAUUGCAUAGAGAACCAAGGAGAGAUGAACAACAGCUACAACAAUUGGGGGAGCUCUGUUUCUGUGGGAAUGGAUAGAAUGGAAAAAAUAACAGGCAUGUCCAGUAUGGGAAGUGCAUCAGUAAUGUAUCCUGAUAAUUGACUCUUAGUUA